GACGUCGCCGUGCGUGCGUGCGUGCGUGCGUGCGUGCAGACGGCUGCGUCGGGGUGCAGAGGAAGAUGGCGGUCUCCACAGAAUGUCACAUGAGUUUACUUACCAUUGGUAGACAAGGAGGCAGUACUGCUACAUGCCUUGCUGAAGUGAACUGAGUGGCCCAUCACCAACAGACUUUGAAAGAUGUGAAGUGAUUGGCCACUGAUAGGAUGCUCAACUAUUGCUUACGUAGAGAUUUGUCGACUGAAGAACUAGCAGCAAGGAGUUAAAGUUCCUCGUAAUUUUCGCUUGUUGGAAGAACUUGAAGAAGGACAAAAAGGAGUAGGCGAUGGUACGGUUAGCUGGGGCCUUGAAGAUGAUGAAGAUAUGACACUUACAAGGUGGACAGGCAUGAUUAUUGGGCCACCAAGGACAAAUUAUGAAAACAGAAUAUAUAGCCUGAAAGUAGAAUGUGGACCUAAAUACCCAGAAGCUCCUCCAUCAGUUAGAUUUGUAACCAAAAUUAAUAUGAAUGGAAUAAAUAAUUCCAGUGGAAUGGUAGAUGCACGGAGCAUACCAGUAUUAACAAAAUGGCAAAAUUCAUAUAGCAUUAAAGUUGUACUUCAAGAACUAAGACGUCUAAUGAUGUCCAAAGAAAAUAUGAAGCUUCCACAGCCACCAGAAGGACAAACAUACAACAAUUAAUUUUAGUGGAUAUCAAACUUGUCUUAAAUCAACAAUCUUCUACUCAUGUUAAUGUCUUGAUUAAAUAUCACAAUGCAGAAUACCCACACAUUAAGUAAAAGAAUGCCAGCUGGUAAAUAUAACCUGGACAUUUGUAAGAAUAUAUUUAAUAUAUGUAUACACAUUAUGUUUUCAGGUAACAGGAGAAAAAAAUGCAGCACAAUUUUUUUUAAGGCACUGUCAUUUAAACAUAAACCUGGAGUUUUCAAAACAGAAUUCAGGUUUAGAAGAUGAAAGUAUGGUGAUUUUUACUAAAAAGUAAGAAAUCCCAAGAAGGAAAAAGAAAUGGCAUGCUUUAUCCAUCUUGCUUAGUGAAAGAGCUUCAAUUUAAGUUGUCUAAAGUAUCAGGUACAAGGCAUAUUGUCCCAAAUUGUUUUAAUUUUUGAAGUGGUGUGGGUGCUGACAACCAGUAGUAUAAAAAAUAUGUUCAGGAUUGUUUUCAUAUAUGUAUUUAUAAUAAAAAAAAGUCACGGGGAAGGUCAAUGAAUUUCUGAUAAAAGCUAUUUCUGUGUUACAUGUAAAAGACAUGGUAAAUAUUUGUUUACAGUCUUUGUUUGACAAACCAUGCAUUUAAGUUGAAGUGAAAUCAGCAAAAAGGAAAUAGGUAAAUGGAUGUGAUUUUUGAGAUUAAAGUUAGUCUUAAAAUGUAAAUAAAAUGUGGAUCGUGUUCUCAGAAACUGUGCCAUUUCUAUUAUAUUGAUGUGGUAUAUGGAAAGUACUUUGCUGAGGUAGCAAAGAUUGUAAUUGUAGGUUUUCAUCCAUAUAAAAUUUUUUAUUGUUUAUCAUGUUUUAUAUGCUUGUUGUAAAUUGGAAUUUGCAAAGUGUUUUAGAGAACAAAUUACUUGAUUCGUUUAAUUUCUUUGCAGAAGGAGGAAUCCCAAGUAUUAUAUUUUGACUUUGAUUUCACCAGAAAUAUAUUAAAAAGAUGUUUGAAUUUUUGCAAGUUUUAUAGAAUUAUAGAUUGUUAUUAUCCAAAUAUACAUUCUAUUUUUGAUUCAUAACAUUUUUUUUUUGGAUGAUUUUUUUUUCUCCCAAUGCUUUUAUUCUUGACUGGGAUUAAUUUAUCCAUUCCACUUGUCUUUCACUUUGGGAUCUGUGUAAUUCUGAACUGAUCUGCUUUUUACCAAAGUGAGAAAUUUUAAGUAAUUGUUUUUCAUUUCAAAGCAGUAGGUAUAGUACUUUGUUGAAAGUACUCUUAUGGGUUCACGGCUCAAAAUAGAAAGGUGGUCUGGUAACAAGGACAGAUUUCUUAAACAGGCCCUGACAUGUUUUUGUCAGGUUCAUUCAUAUUUAAAGCUUUGAACUACUUUUCUUAGUCAUUAAUAAUAGUUUGUCUAAGCUUUUUAAUUUCAAUAUGGCUAUUGUAUUUUAAUUAUCAAAAGAUGUUUAAAAUGACAUACAUAGAGACUAUAUAGAAACAAAUUAGUGCAUGUGUAAUUUAUUAAAAUAGGUUUGAAAUGAACUAUUACCUUGGAAUCAUUCUGAAAACUUUUAAAUUGUUAAGUGAGAUUAAGUUGAAUUACACUAAAGUCAUACACAGGAGUCUGAUGGUUACUGAUGGUCUAAGUCAAUCCCUUUAAGAACUUUCCACUUCGAAAAUGUGUCUUAUCAUACAUGAUGCUGACUGCUGUUAAAUUAUUCAUAUAUUGGUGGACUGAGACUCUGGGUACCUUGAUCUUUUGUCCUCUUUCCUUUCUUCAUAUCACUAAUUGUGAAGGGUUUUUUGUUGAUUUUCCCCCUCCAGUAUAUGUUUGAGUUGGCCCUGUAAUGUUUAUUUCCUCUUUUUGUUUGGGGACUGUGGAUCUUUGCUGAAAUCUGCAUGCAAAAGCAAGAUCCAUUUUGCAUGUCACAAUCAAGAUGUACGUGGCAAUCUAAGACACAAGAGUUGAUUAUAGAACUUAAUACUGAAUGACUCUUAAUUGUAGUAACAUUUCUAAGACGACAGUUUUGAAGCUAUUUUUCCUUUGUCUGUUUUGUAAAGGGGCUAAGGUUGUAGGAGUGUGUGGUAUUAAAUGAACUGUAAAAUUGCAUUUGAAAUUUGUUUAAAAAACUAGCAGAUGAGCCCUAGGGGGUGAUCUUAUAUUAAUAAAGAUUACAAAAAUAAAAUUCUUGUCCUUUUA